GCUCAAGACAGGGAGGUCGGCUACAUAGCUGCCUGUUGUGCCUGGCAGUUUCUUAUGAGUCACAUCGUGUCUCUGGUUUUCCUCCUUACUGUUUGCAUAACUUGAUCUUACGAGCCAUUAGAACACAAAAUCUACCAGGUAGAUUAAAAGGCCGACCGACAACCAUGGCAUCAACUUCCACACAGCAGAAAGACCCAACCUUCCGCAACUACUCCUCAUCUGCCGCGCAAGCCUACGCCCAGAACCGCCAUGGCUACCCGGACAGCGUUAUCUCUCUGAUCCUGAACCAGCACACCAGCACCGGUGGCGCGCUCAAUCUCCUGCUGGACGUUGGCUGCGGACCCGGUACGGCGACACGCUCGCUUGCGCCGCAUUUUCAGCACGCCAUCGGCGCCGACCCUGGUCAGUCUAUGAUCGAGACCGCGCGGAGUAUACCUAGCGCUACGGCGGCCGGCAAGCCUGUGACAUACGAGGUCUGCGCGUCGGACGCACUCUCCUCUCUUUCCGCCCUCAAACAAUACUCGGCGGACGGGAGCGGGAAGGCUUGUGUGGACCUCAUCACAGCAGCCACGGCAGCGCACUGGUUCGACUACCCAGAAUUCUACCGGGAAGCCGCCAAGGUUCUCAAGCCGGGUGGAAGUAUUAUCCUCUGGUGCACUAAGGGGUACUACGUGGAUGAGCGGACGACGCCGAACGCGAAGAAGUGUCAGGAUCUUUGGCAAAGUUUUGAAAAUGAUCUUCUACGGCCGUACGAAAUGCCCGGAAAUCAGCUCACGCGGGAACUAUACGCCGGCCUGCCGUUGCCUUGGAGCGAGUAUCCGGGUCAAACAGUGGAUGACGAAACCAAGACGUUAUUGAACAUGUUCGACGAGAAGGAUUAUAGGAGGCUGGUGUUCAACGAUAACGGUCAAGUCAAGCCUGGCGAGGAAUUCCUCAUGAGCAGAAGGGUGACGUUCGAGCAGACUGCCCGGAUGCUGGGGACGGUGAGUCCGGUGACGAGAUGGCGGGAGGCGAACAAGGACAAGCUCGAAAAGGGGGAAAUUGAAGAUGUUGUGGACAUGAUGAUCAGGCUGACGAGGGAGGUGUUCGAUCAGGUGCCCGAGGGAAAGGGCAGGGAUUGGGUCGAGGGGGGAGGGGCGCUGGUGGUCAUGGUGUUUAAGAAGAAGAUUGAGUAGUAUCUGCGAGCGGAUCUGAUCAGAGCUCGGGUUUCUCUCUCACACGCCACAUGGUAAUCGUGAGAUAGACUAAUAAGAUCUUAGAGGGACAGAGAGAUAGAUUGUAGCGACGUGUGGCCCAACUGAUACGAG